AUGGCUCCGGUGGCUGCCUGGGAGGCGGUGCCCGCACAUCCGCGCUCACCCCAACCGCCAGCCACAGGAGAGCUGGUCCGCUCGCAGUGUCCCCAGGGGGAGAGGCCUUCUGUCCCGUCCCCAGGUGCUGUUCCCCUGCGCCACCAGAAAACCAGCACGAGGUCCUUACUGCGACCACUCGCUGGCCGCGUCACUCCACACCGCUGCACACAAGCGGGGACACGCGGAGGCCGGGACCGGAGUGCAGGGCCGCCCGCGCGCCCUGCGCCGCCCGCCCGCGCGCCCUGCGCCUGCCGCCCGCCCGUGCGCCCUGUGCCUGCGGCCCGCGCGCCCUGCGCCUGCCGCCCGCCCUGCGCCUGCUGCCCGCCCUGUGCCUGCUGCCCGCCCCGCGCGCCCUGUGCCUGCGGCCCGCGCGCCCUGCGCCUGCCGCCCGCCCGCGCGCCCUGUGCCUGCGGCCCUCGUGCCCUGCGCCGCCCGCCCGCCCUGCGCCUGCUGCCCGCGCGCCCUGUGCCUGCCGCCCGCGCGCCCUGCGCCGCCCACGUGCCCUGUGCCUGCCGCCCGCGUGCCCUGCGCCUGCCGCCCGCGCGCCCUGCGCCGCCCGCCCACGCGCCCUGUGCCUGCUGCCCGCUCUGCGCCUGCCGCCCGCCCGCGCGCCCUGCGCCUGCCUCCCGCCCGCGCGCCCUGCGCCUGCCGCCCACCCGCCCUGCGCCUGCCGCCCGCGUGCCCUGCGCCGCCCGCCCGCCCUGCCCCGCCCGCCCGCCCGCCCUGCGCCUGCCGCCCGCGCGCCCUGUGCCUGCCGCCCGCGUGCCCUGCGCCGCCCGCCCGCCCGCGCGCCCUGCGCCUGCUGCCCGCCCGCGUGCCCUGCGCCGCCCGCCCGCGUGCCCUGCGCCUGCCGCCCGCGUGCCCUGCGCCUGCCGCCCGCCCGCCCGCCCGCGUGCCCUGCGCCUGCCGCCCACGCGCCCUGCGCCUGCUGCCCGCCCGCGUGCCCUGCGCCGCCCGCCCGCGUGCCCUGCGCCCUGCCGCCCGCGUGCCCUGCGCCUGCCGCCCGCACCGCCCCGCCCGCGUGCCCUGCGCCGCCCGCCCACGCGCCCUGUGCCUGCUGCCCGCCCGCCCUGCGCCUGCCGCCCGCCCGCGCGCCCUGUGCCUGCGGCCCUCGUGCCCUGCGCCGCCCGCCCGCCCUGCGCCUGCUGCCCGCCCGCCCCGCGCGCCCUGUGCCUGCGGCCCUCGUGCCCUGCGCCGCCCGCCCGCCCUGCGCCUGCUGCCCGCGCGCCCUGUGCCUGCCGCCCGCGCGCCCUGCGCCGCCCACGUGCCCUGUGCCUGCCGCCCGCGUGCCCUGCGCCUGCCGCCCGCGCGCCCUGCGCCGCCCGCCCACGCGCCCUGUGCCUGCUGCCCGCUCUGCGCCUGCCGCCCGCCCGCGUGCCCUGCGCCUGCCUCCCGCCCCGCGCGCCCUGCGCCUGCCGCCCGCCCCGCGCGCCCUGCGCCUGCCUCCCGCCCGCCCUGCGCCUGCCGCCCGCGUGCCCUGCGCCGCCCGCCCGCCCUGCGCCGCCCGCCCGCCCGCCCUGCGCCUGCCGCCCGCGCGCCCUGUGCCUGCCGCCCGCGUGCCCUGCGCCGCCCGCCCCGCCCGCGCGCCCUGCGCCUGCUGCCCGCCCGCGUGCCCUGCGCCGCCCGCCCGCGUGCCCUGCGCCUGCCGCCCGCGUGCCCUGCGCCUGCCGCCCGCCCGCCCGCCCGCGUGCCCUGCGCCUGCCGCCCACGCGCCCUGCGCCUGCUGCCCGCCCGCGUGCCCUGCGCCGCCCGCCCGCGUGCCCUGCGCCUGCCGCCCGCGUGCCCUGCGCCUGCCGCCCCGCCCGCCCGCCCGCGUGCCCUGCGCCGCCCGCCCACGCGCCCUGUGCCUGCUGCCCGCCCGCCCUGCGCCUGCCGCCCGCCCCGCGCGCCCUGCGCCGCCCGCCCGCCCGCGCGCCCUGCGCCUGCCGCCCGCCCGCGCGCCCGCCCGCGCGCCCUGCGACUGCGCCACAGCCCGUCAACACCCAGCGCCAGCCCGCGUCUGUGCUCUUCGCACACUGA